AUGAACAACGAUACAGCUACCGACAAGUACUCCGUCAUCCUCCCAACUUAUAACGAACGCAAGAACUUGCCGGUCAUCGUUUGGCUUUUGGCGCGUACCUUUGAGUCUGCCUCGAUCAAUUGGGAAGUCAUUGUCGUUGAUGAUGCCUCGCCGGAUGGCACUCAAGAAGUAGCCAGGCAGCUCGCCGGGAUAUAUGGAGAGGACAAGGUUGUCUUGAAACCUCGAGCGGGAAAGCUGGUCGACAGAACGGCGUAUGUCCAUGGUCUCAACUUUUGUACUGGCAACUUUGUCAUCAUCAUGGACGCCGACUUUUCUCACCAUCCCAAAUUCAUCGUCGAGUUUAUCAAGCAAUGUAGACUCCAAAAACUCCAUAACCUCGACAUUGUCACCGGCACCCGGUACUCUGACCAUGCCUCUCCCAAACCCACUGCCCAGUCUCCUUCUAUAGGUCUUGGCCCCGGUGGUGUGCACGGAUGGGACUUGAAGAGGAAACUGGUGUCGAGAGGUGCCAACUAUCUGGCAGACACCGUCUUGACGCCUGGUGUCAGUGACUUGACUGGGUCUUUCAGACUGUACCGCGUACAUGUCAUCAAGGAUAUCAUCUCCCGAUGUACCUCUAAAGGCUACGUCUUCCAGAUGGAAAUUAUCGUCCGCGCCCGUGCCCUGGGCUAUACCGUUGGCGAAGUGCCCAUCACAUUUGUCGACAGGAUCUACGGUGAGAGCAAGCUGAGUGGAAAUGAGAUUGUAGGGUACGCCAAGGGUGUCGCGAGCCUCUGGUGGUAUGUUUAG